AUUUCGAAAGCCUCGAAUUCCUGAGAAUUUGUGGAAAUACAAUGUGGUUUCAUUUCAAGAACCAGACAUCUUGAAGAGUAUUGUGUACGGAGGUCUAAUCCAAUCCAUGACAAGCCUCAGUGUUGUAUCCUCCGCUGCAGCUGCUGGAGAUUCGAUUUUCAACGUUCUGGCCUUGGGACUAGCCAAUAUAUUCACUGGCCUUUUUCUCAUCUGUCACAACCUACAUGCACUCAUAACGUGUCGACCAUAUCAUCAAAGUGCAAACAAUCAUAAUGACUCAACUAUAGUAGGAGAAAAAGAUCCGUACUCGAUCCUACUGGGAAACGUUAAAAACAGAGUUCGCCACUGCGCCGUUGUUGUGGUUUCUUUCCUCUGCUUCGGUGUGAUCCCUCUUUAUCUCUUCUACGUCCUCUCUAUCAAAGGAACCGACAAGGGACACUACAACGCUGCACUUGUUCUCUCCGGCACUCUGGUCUGCGUCAUAGCUCUCUCCUUGGCCAAAGCUUACGCCUUCAAAAUGGAGAAAAAACUUCAGACCGUGCUUCAAUACACCGCAAUGGCGAUUGGGGCGUCUGCGCUUGCUUUCAUGGCCACCAAUCAGUUUAGAAAGAAUGGCUUUCAUGAGCUUCAAUGCGUCUGAUUACUGAGAAGAGUGAAAUUCCAGAUUUUAAGAGAAAUUUUUCAAUAAACAACAACAAAGCUACCAAAGUGUUGUUCUUUUAGCUGAUAUGUCGCUUGCUUUCAUUAUUUCUCCAUCCAUUCUUUUCGUCCCAAGUCUU